AUGGCGGCGGCGAAGGGAGGAGUGGCGAUGGAGUUGGAGAAGAUGAGCGUGGAGCAGCUGAAGGCGAUCAAGGAGCAGACGGAUCUGGAGGUCAACCUCCUCCAGGACAGCCUCAACAACAUCCGCUCCGCCACCUCCCGCCUCGAGUCCGCCUCCUCCGCCCUCCACGACCUCUCCCUCCGCCCUCAAGGCCACCCCAUGCUCGUCCCCCUCACCGCCUCCCUCUACGUCCCCGGCGCCCUCGACGACUCCGACAAGGUCCUCGUCGACGUCGGCACCGGCUACUUCAUCGAGAAAACGAUGGCCGAAGGCAAGGAUUACUGCGAGCGCAAGAUCAAUCUGCUCAAAUCUAAUUUCGAUCAGCUCAUCGAGGUGGCAUCAAAAAAGAAAUGCAUUGCAGAUGAAGCUGGGGCAAUCUUGCAGGCAAAGCUGAAGCAAUUAUCUCCGACAAGUUAGACACGAUUGGCAGCAUGUCAUGUAUGCAGAUCAGUUGAUCUCAAUUUUGCCGCGGGUAAACUGCUUCUGGGACAAUGUAGCAUGCAUCUGGCGAUGCUAGUCAUGUCUUCGGUCAAACGUGAUAUUCCCUUCCUGAAUCCAGAAAGUUUUAGUGCAUAGGGACGGUGAUUGAACUCAUUCAAGGUAAAAGAAAAGGGUUGUAAGUAGAGGACUUAAUGCGGAUAUCAGCUGUUAAUAUUUCUAUGGCUCAUGCUGCCUCAUUAUUGUUUGAAACUGUUAAGAUGUCCGAAAA